AUGCCACCACGAAAGAACCCCGAUCAGAACACUGAUGACACGGAGGCGGUGACAGCUGUUGAUCUUCAGAAGCUGGAAUCCUCACUCAGAUCUCUUCUGGAUGAGCAAUUUACUAAAUUAAUUUCUGAUGUUAACUCACCCAUUAAAACUCCUGUGAAAACCCUUGACACUUCUGAACCAGGACAGAAAAAUUACUCUCAAUAUUCUUCUAGACUCACAAAAAUCAAUUUUCCUAAAUUUGAUGGUGAUGAUCUUAAGUCAUGGUUAUAUAAGUGCAAUCAGUUUUUUGAUCUUGAUGGUAUAUCUGAUGAAAAUAAGAUUUCUCUUGCUGCUAUACACUUAGAAGGCAUAGCCCUCUGGACUGAGUAUGUGGCUGGUAUAACUGCUAGAUUUGGGGAUAUCUAUGAUGAUCCUAUGGCUGAUCUAAAAGCUCUUAAGCAAAUCGGGACUAUUCAAAAGUACCAUGAUGCUUUUGAUGCUUUAGCUAGCAGAUUGAAUCUCUCUCAGGAAUAUUUAAUCAGUUGCUAUAUUGGAGGAAGAGAUUCAGCUGGCUGUGAGAAUGUUCUCUCCAACCACAUUACAACAAUCUCAUUGUCUAGCUAA